AGCAUGAUGGCUGCGGAUGCUGCUCCCUGCCACAUCCUGCAUCCUCUAUUUAUCCUCUUCCUCUCAUGGUUUGCAGCUCCCGCCACGGCUCUGCUCGGUGUCCGUCCUGAGGACACCCAAAGCGGCGAGCUGUCCGUGCAGGACGGAGUGCUGAGAGCCACGGAGGGGACUCGCUUCGUUUUGAGGGUUUACUACACGGAGCAUACCCGCGUGAACGGGAGCGGGGAGGCCGAUGCGGCUACCGCCGCACCGUGGAUCGCCUUCAUUGAGGAACCGGAGCGGGAUGCGGGACGCUCCAGGGGGAACCUGUGUGAGGUGGAAAGCGCCCGGAGUUCUGACAUUGAGCUACUGGGCUCGUUUAGAACCGCCUCCAGCCACAACUCGGUGCUCGUGGAGCUUCUCGCCAAGCACCUGCGCCGAGGCGAGGCGGUCAAGUACUAUUCCAUGUGCGCAUUCGACGGCGUCAAAUGGGAGCACUUUGACACGAGAGACUUUUGGCUGGCGGUGGUAGAGAGACCCGCCGAAGCGGACGCGUGGCUGCAAGCCGGCGUGUCCGUGCUGCUCUUGGGGCUCUCCGCACUUUGUAGCGGGCUCAACAUCAGCAUGCUGGCGCUGGACCCCGUGGAGCUCCGGGUACUGCAGAACAGCGGCACCGAGAAGGAGCAGAAGUACGCACGGAACAUCGAAUCCGUGCGCAAACACGGCAAUUAUAUCCUGUGCACCGUAGUGCUGGGUAAUGUCCUCACCAACACUUGCUUCGUGGUGUGGAUGUGUCAGAUUUUGGGAAUGACUGCGCUUUCCACUGCAUCCUGCACUUUGGGAAUUUUCUUCAUUGGGGAGAUUCUGCCUCAUUCGGUGGCGUCCCGGCACAGCCUCGCCAUCGCGUCCAAGACCCUGUGCGCCACACGGCUCCUCAUGCUCCUCUUCCUGCCCAUCGCCUACCCGGUCUCCAAGAUCCUGGACUCCCUGCUCCACCAGGAGAUCUCGAGCUUCUACACGCGGGAGAAGCUCGUGGCCAUGCUGCGCGUCACUGACCCGUACCACGACCUGGUCAAGGAGGAGCUCAACAUCAUCCAAGGAGCUCUGGAGCUGCGGACCAAGACAGUGGAGGAUGUUCUCACUCCUCUGUCCGACUGCUAUAUGCUGUCCUCGGACGCCGUGCUGGACUUCAGUACCAUGUCUGACGUGAUGCAGAGUGGCUUCACCAGGAUCCCGGUGUACGAGAACGAGCGGUCCAACAUCGUAGACAUCCUGUUUGUCAAGGACCUGGCUUUCGUGGACCCCGACGACUGCACCCCACUCAAGACCGUCACCGAGUUCUACAAGCACCCCAUGCACUGCGUGUUCAACGACACCAAGCUGGACGUGAUGCUGGAGGAAUUCAAACGAGGCAAAUCCCACCUGGCUGUGGUGCAGCGGGUCAACAACGAAGGCGAGGGAGACCCCUUCUAUGAGGUGAUGGGCAUAAUCACCCUGGAGGACGUCAUCGAAGAGAUCAUCAAGUCUGAAAUUGUGGACGAAACAGAUCUUUAUACUGAUAAUCGCACCAAAAGGCGAGUAUCGCACCACGAGAGGAAACAGCAGGAUUUUUCCAUCUUCAAAGUAGCAGAAAAUGAACUGAAUGUGAAGAUCUCCCCUCAGUUGUUGCUGGCAACACAUCGCUUCUUGGCUACAGAGGUGGAGCCGUUCAGGCCGUGUCACCUGUCAGAGAAGAUCCUGCUCCGUCUCAUCAAGCAUCCCAGUGUGGUGCAAGAACUCAAGUUCAACCCCAAGAACAAACACGCUGCGCAGCACUACCUCUUCCAGAGGAACAAACCCGUCGACUACUUUGUCCUCAUCCUGCAGGGACGGGUGGAGGUAGAGAUUGGAAAGGAGGCCCUCCGCUUUGAGAACGGAGCAUUUUCCUACUACGGCAUGCCAGCCCUCAUUUCACCUCUGCCGAUCGGACAGCGAUACAACUCUCGCAGCAGUGGUCUGAACCAAUCAGACUCGCUGCUGAGCGGCGGCAGUGUUGGUCAGCUUUCAUCGGGAGGGCUCUACUUACCGGACUACUCGGUCCGACAGCUCACAGACCUACAAAUAAUCAAGAUACUCAGGACACACUACCAGAACGCCCUGACGGCCACACGGAUGGACAGCUCCCCGCAGACGCCAGACCCGGUAGAUGCAGAUGCUAAAGGGAGGCUGCCCGUCGUGGAGGCCCGCUCCCACAGCAUCGCUCUCCCCCUCACCAGCGCCCACACCCGCCUAGGAUUAGCGCGGCUAGCUCAGCUGCAUCCCCACGUGGGCCUUCGCAACACCUCCAGGCUCAAUCAGAGAAAUCGAAUAGUUCGCAGCAAAUCUGAUGGCCAGCGGAGUCCCAAUGACAGCGUGUUCCUCCGGAUGGAUGAGAUUCCCUUCAUCCAAGAAGAUCGACCAGAGAAUUAUGGAGAAAACGACGUGCCUAUAGACUCUCAGCCAUCCACCUCUCCUUAUAUCAGCUCUCGCUCUCUGUCCAGCUCUGACGAGAACGUCGGGAAGAAGCUGCUGCGUAAAUUGAGUAACAAGAGGAGGAAAAAGUCUCGGGAUGGAGAAAAGAGCUUGGAGGAAGGUCUGGAGCAGCCUCCAGUGACAAGCUAGCGUACC